CCUUUGGAGUUACAUCGGCACUUUUGGUCUGGCUCAGACCUGUCACUAACUGUAUUUAUGGGAUACCUUGUGUUUCAAGAACCAAAGGAGCUGAAUUUUUAGAACCCAGUGAUACAGAAAUGUAAAGUAAUGGCUCUGGAUAGUUUCUUUGUGGAGGGUGUUCUCAGAGUAGCUGUUGCAGUUAAACACACUACUUAACUGAAGUCUGCUUCUUGGAAUAAGUCUGCCCAUGGGUUUUUUUUUUUUUCCUUUAUUUUUUAAAAGAAAGACUGACAUGUAGACAUCGUAGUGCUAAUGGAGUUUUGGAUUUGGAGUCUCUGUGAUGCUCACCAUCUAGCCCUGGCCUGAGUGAGGGAGAGGACUACUACAUUCCUGUUCAUUGUGUGUGCCUUACAGAGUUUUAGGUGGAUGCUCCCAGAAAAAGUAACUUUGAAGGUUAGCAGACUUGAAGAGCAGAUCAGAGUUCAGCUCGGAUACACUGGGCUGCCCCUGGUCUCUCUCCAUUUCAGUCUCUGGAAUGUUGAGCGCCCACGUGGGAUUCGCGGGCAGGAGCAGUGAUAGCAUUGAUCCGUGUGUGUGUGUGUGCUCUGAACCCAGCAGAGGCAGGGCUGUCGUAUGAGGUAAAGGUGUGCCAGCGCCAGGUAAUAGUUUCUGUAUGGCCACUUUUCGGGUCACAUUGAAUCUGGUGACAGUGAGGUCAAGGUUGGGGCCGCCGCGUCGAAAGGACCAGGUGGCUUUGCUCUGUUACUGACCACAAACUGCCUCAAUGCAGGUGCAGUCUCAGAGUUUUUGUGCUGUCACCCCAAGCGUCCAAAACCAGGGUGCUGACUGAGGCACCCAUGGAACCAUCACUAGGAAAUUGCUAAGCACUUGGUACGUGUCUCGGGCAUCCAGUUGUAGAAAGGAAGAUGCUUGUCUUCUUGGCACUUGUACCACAUCGACUUAAAUCUGACCGUGGUUUUCCCUCACAGAUAUCUUCCAGAAAAGAGGGAUUCAUAUUGUAUUUGAAUCUCUUAUAAAGCAGGAUUUUCCUUCUCUGGCCUAGAAGGUGUUGCUUAGGGAAAACAGGUUUGCUUAAAGCAAGGUCUAGUGCUGCCUUUAGAUGCUUCCUGGUAAGGUCAUCUGUCAGGAAAAAAAAAAAAAAAAAGAGGCAAGGGGAUUUAACACUGAUUUUAUGGAGAAAUUGCUUUGAGGAUGAACUCAGAAGUGCUGGGUGUUCUGACAGCACUCUAAAAAGCACUGCAGCAAGGAGUUCCAUGGUAGAGAUCAUGAAUACACACGCACCAGGAGAAGGGGGAACAGACCAUGUGCUCUAAUGCUGUGAAAGUGCGCCUGGAGUCUGAGAUCCAGUUUUCAGUGUGGUGAUAUAGUAUUUAAGGCCCUGUGAACAGCUGACAGUUAAAAGACGGUGAUCAGCCAUAUGACUCAAAAAGAUUUAGUGAUGGGGAAGAGACUGAGGCUGUCAAGAAAUGGGACAAGUAGAAGCAGUCAUUUUAAGUCAGCAUAUUAUUUUAAAUGAUAGAUGAUUUUAAAAUACUUAUGUCAUUAAAUUCUUACAGUGAAUAUUGUAAGUGCCCAUUUGAGCGUGUCACAUUUAGAAGUUUUGAGUGGCCACAAGUUUUUUUUUUUAAAAAAAUAAGCUUCUCACUGGCGAGAAUGCAGAACUGAUUUCAUUCUGAGGCUGGUUUUUGUUUGGAGAGAGUGGGUUACAUGGUGGAGGAGACCUGACCCUAAAGGGACCGUGGCAGUGAGAAGGCCAGAGCUGCUGCCGAGGAGGAGUGAGGUGGCUCUCCCGACCAGGGAGAGAAGAAGUGGACACCGGCCAGCUUGGGAGUCCGGGCUGACUUCCUGGAGGAAGUGACACCCAAGCCGGACAUCUAGUGGUCAGCCGGGUGGGCUUAGGAAGGGUCAGAGGAAGGCAUGCUCACUCCCAGGGCCCAGCCAAGACAGGGCGCUUGCAGGAACCUGGAAGUGUGUCCAGCAGGGCUAAGCAGUGGGGGCGGCCCAGGAAGCAAGGCAGGUGGAUAGAGGUCAGCUGGGAGGUCAGCAGGGGCCAAGUCGCGAGGCAUCGGGCGCCGCGCCUCGCUGAGAACGUUGCCGGGACUAUCAGGAGCUUCCGCAGCCACGGUGGGCUGGUCGGCUGUGUCUCCGCCACGGUGUGAACAAGGGUGGGAUCGGAGCACCCCGCUACCCUAGGAGAUGGCUGGCUGAGGAGCUGAACUGGCCCCUCUGCCUCGCGCUCAGCAUACUUCCUAUCGUCCCCUUGUUACAGGUGUGGACACUGCCAGCGGCUACAGCCAACCUGGAACGACCUGGGAGACAAGUACAACAGCAUGGAGGACGCCAAGGUGUACGUGGCCAAGGUCGACUGCACCGCCGACUCGGACCUGUGCUCCGCCCAGGGCGUGCGCGGCUACCCCACCUUGAAGUUCUUCAAACCUGGUCAAGAAGCUGUGAAGUACCAGGGUCCCCGGGAUUUCCAGGCCCUGGAAAACUGGAUGCUGCAGACGCUGAACGAGAAGCUCCCCACUCCAGAGCCCACGGAGGAACCGCCCCCCGCCCCCGCCCCCGAGCCCAAGCAGGGCCUGUAUGAGCUCUCGGCCGGCAACUUCGAGCUGCAUGUGGCGCAAGGAGACCACUUCAUCAAGUUCUUCGCCCCAUGGUGUGGUCACUGCAAAGCUCUGGCUCCGACCUGGGAGCAGCUGGCUCUGGGCCUUGAACAUUCCGAAACUGUCAAGAUUGGCAAGGUGGACUGCACGCAGCAUUACGAACUCUGCUCAGGAAACCAAGUCCGAGGUUAUCCUACGCUCCUCUGGUUCCGAGAUGGCAAAAAGGUGGACCAGUACAAGGGCAAGCGGGACCUGGACUCACUGAGGGAGUACGUGGAGUCACAGCUGCAGGGCGUGGGGCGGGCCGCCCCGGAGCCCGCCCAGCCCUCGGAGGCCCCGGCACCGGCCGCCGAGCCCGCGGCCGACCAGGGCACCGUGUUGGCACUGACGGAGAGGAACUUCGAUGACGCCGUCGCAGAAGGCAUAACCUUCAUCAAGUUUUAUGCUCCAUGGUGCGGGCACUGCAAGGACCUGGCCCCGACCUGGGAGGAGCUCUCCAAGAAGGAGUUCCCUGGCUUGGCGGAGGUCACCAUCGCCGAGGUGGACUGCACUGCUGAACGCAGCCUCUGCGGCAAGUACUCGGUACGAGGCUAUCCCACAUUGCUGCUCUUCCGAGGAGGAGAAAAGGUGAGCGAGCACAGCGGGGGCCGCGACCUGGAUUCCUUGCACCGCUUCGUCCUGCGUCAGGCGAAGGAUGAGCUGUGAGCCCGGCUGGAUGCCACCUCCCGCCUGGCCCUGGGCACGACGGGGCGCCGUCCCGGCUUCCCUGCAGCAGUGACUCAGAGAUCCGAAUGUACUAAACUCGUGCUAUCUUCUCUGUGUGUGUUUUUAAGCCAACACACCCUACAGAUUCUUAAGUUUCUCUAAGUAAAUGUGUAACUCACGAUCCCUUUGCAAACUAAAUAUUUUCGGUGGCGACCUACCAUCCGUUCCCUGCUUUAAUCUGCUCUUGGUGAAAUCAAAAUGGUUUCCUUUGAGACUAAAAUAGAGUCAAGGAAAACCCAAUUGCCAGACUACUCUUGGCUCCUGAUUCUGGUGACAGCGUCAUCCAAAGCAUGGUUUUCAAAGGGCCCAGGAGUCCUUGCCUUGUGGCCCUGUUGAGUUGCUUUGAUCACAUGACUUGUUCCUAAGGUGGCUGGUCCAUAGCUUGGAGCGGAUUUAACACACAAACCCCCGAUGCCUGUGGAAGAGCCACUUUUCCAGCCCGUCCUGGACCUGUCUCUGCGGGUGCCUCUCACGGAGGGUGGUGAGCCGCCGUGAAAGCCGUGGUACCCCUGACAUGUGCCUGAGUAAGAUAGUGCCGCUGCCAUAGCCUCGUGUGGGUGUUGACACUUGACCGAUUGCUUAUUACUGUUCAAGGAAUACUUGUCUCCUGAAAGAUUUCAUUAGGGGAUGUGAAGCCAGAGUCCCUAUGAAUGUCAGGAGUCACGGUCUCUUGUUGAAACUGUAUGUAGGAAGUUCCACACAGCUCGUCGUGACCCUUCUAAGAACUCCUAGGAAGGUUCUGAUUGUCUCUGCCCCCCAGGAGGGGGCAGGAGGGCUGCACGAACUCUCCCAGGUCAGGUAUCAGGGACCGGGGACACCCCGCGGCUCCACAGCGGAGCCCAGACCGGAAACAGCAGCAGGUGGCGGUCUGCCUUCCGGGAGGCCGCCCGCCCGUCUACUGUAGGCAGAGGGGAUCGACUUGCCCUCCAGACCAAGGCAGGCGGGGCUGCAGUCGGCCACGUCCCUGGCGUCCUGAGUCACGCCAUCCUGGGUAUGAAGCCUUUUUAUCAUCGCCCUUGGAAAUCAGCCGGCCGUAGGCCUAGGCUCCUUUAAGGUUAGUCGUCCUGCUAACACCCUUUGCCCCAGCGCCCUUGCUCAGGCGACAUGGCCGCUUAGCACAGAGUGCCUGAUGGUAAGAACCUGGGAAACGAGACCCCGUCUGCUGUCUGCAGCAGACGGUAACAGCAGGGUCCCGGCCAGCCUCUGCCUUAAAGGAAAUCUUUAUUAAUCAUGUAUGGUUCACAGAUGUUCUUUUUAAAAAAAAACAAAACCCCAACUUUCUAGAGAAGCACAAUCCUCAUGAGUGGCUUCAGCUUUGCAUUAUGAGUCUUGUUUUAAAAGAAAACCAGAAAAUCAAAGUGGUACAAUUUGUUUACACUAUGAUACUUUCUAAAUAAACUUAAAAAAAAAAAAAAA